AUGAGCCAGCGCCCCUGCCGCUGCUCCCCACGGCCCCCCUCCAGCUCCUGCCGCUGCAGCGCCCUGACAGCCGCCGGGCGCCCUCGCCCCUCAGACGGUUGUAAAGAAGAAAGUUCUACUCUUUCUGUCAAAAUGAAAUGUGAUUUUAACUAUGACCAUAUUCAUUCUGGACUUAAAUUGGUAAAGCCUGAUGACACUGGAAGACUAGGUUCCUAUACUCCUGGAUAUUUGGAAGGUUCUUACGAAGACUGCAUUAAAGACUAUGUAAGGUUAUCAGAUAUUGGGUCACCAGUUGUGAGCCCCAGGAUUGUAGAAGUUGAAACUGAAAAUGAAAACAAGCCCUUUCAUAACAAAGAAAAUCAACAUGUGCAACAAAUACUUAAUAGUUCAAAUGAAACAGUAGAACUAGAGACCAGUGGACCUUAUGAAGACAGUGGCUAUUCUUCAUUUUCUCAGCAAAGUGGCUUCAAUGAACAUGAAGAGGGUAGCCUUCCCUUGGAGAAUUUCAGUGACAGUCCACAAUCCUGCCUACAGAUGCAAAGCCCAGACCAAUAUCCCAGCAAAAACUUGCUGCCGGCUCUUCAUUUUGCAAAAAUGGUUUGUUCAACAUUAAAAAAGAAUGCCAAGCGAAAUCCUAAAAUAGAUUGGGAGAAACUAAAGGAAUUUAUAUCCAGUGAAAAUUUUAAACUACAUAAUAUAAUUGGCAGGAAGAUGGGCCUAGAAUGUGUAGAUAUUCUCAGUGAACUCUUUCGAAGGGGACUCAGACAUCUCUUAGCAAAUAUUUUAACACAGCUCAAUGAUAUGGACUUAAUCAAUAUGUCUAAAGUGAGCACAACUUGGAAGAAGAUUCUAGAAGAUGAUAAAGGGGCAUUUCAGUUGUACAAUAAAGCAAUACAGAGAGUUACUGAAAAGAACAUUAAGUUUUCACCACAUGCUUCAACAAGAGAAUAUGCUAUGUUCAGAACUGCAUUAGCUUCUGUUCAAAAAUCAGCAGCCCAGACUUACACUCAAAAAGGUGCUCAAACCAAGUUAUCCGAUCCAGGUGAUCAGAAAGAUUCUGCUUACAGCCGACACAAUGAAUUCUCUGAGGUUGCCAAGACUUUGAAAGGGAAUGAAAGCCUUAAAGCCUGUAUUCGCUGUAAUUCACCAGCAAAAUAUGAUUGCUAUUUACAGCGGGCGAUCUGUAAAAGAGAAGGCUGUGGGUUUGAUUAUUGUACAAGGUGUUUGUGUAAUUAUCAUACCACCAAAGAAUGUUCGAAUAGCAAACCCCUAAAAGCCAAUUAUAAAAUAGGUCCUCUACCUGGUACUAAAAAAAGCAAGAAGAAUUUACGACGAUUGUGAUGUCUUGAAAUCAAUUGUACCUGAUCAUGAAGGUUAGUUAGAAAAUGUUUAGGUUUUAAUUUAAAAAACGUAAGUGUAUUUUCAUUUCCAAUUUUGUGUUGAAAUCAAUGUAGUACGUGGGAUUUUUUGCCCUGGUGAAUAGAGUAUACAGCCUCUUAAAAUAUUUUAAAAUUUAAUGUGAAAAAGUUUAAAAUUUGGUAUAAAUCAGAAAAUUUAAAAUAUUUUAAGAAAAAAGGAAAACUAUCUGAUAUUUGUGAUUCAGGGAUAAAAUAAAACUGAUUUCAAUUUUUAUGCUAAAGGAAAGCCAUGUAAUUUUACCUAGAUAAUCUUAAAUAUAUAUCUUGUUUACCAUCUGUUAGCAUUUGAGAAAUUUUA